AUGGCGGAGGAAAGCCUCAUUCUUUUAGACAAGAAAAUAUUGUCGAUGGACUUGAGCGCUUUAAGUGAAUUUGCUUUGCAUGUUAAAGUGGAAAAGUCGGUAGUACAGGGCAAGGGGAAAUUAAUUGUUAUUCGGUCCAUCAGACGCAAAAUUGAGGAUUCAGUUGAUGCUCUGACCGGCGAUGACCAAAUUGAUUAUGUUGACGGGUUAAUGGCACACUUGGGUCCUCCGCCACUCGAGGGAAUGGAAGAUAAGUAUGGGGAAGGAUUACAAAACAAAAACGACCUAAAGAAGCUCAAAGAAGAACUAGGUGAUUUAGAAUCUAAGCAGCAGUUAGUGGAGGAGAAACUAGCCAAAAUGCAGAAAGAAAAGCUGACUGGCACAGUAAAGGAAGAAGAGACAAUCAAGUUUCCUGUAAAGGGGGUUGAGCAGGGCAUAUUCCGUAGAGAUUUUAAAAUACAGGGAGUGGUAGGCGACCCCGGUCAGAAAGAAAAGCUGGGUUACCAAGCCCUAAUAUCACAAAUAGAAGCAGGGCUUACCAAGGGAUACUCCGAUAAAGAAGUUAGUGCCGUAGUUCGUGCUGUACAGCCAGGUCUACAACUAAGAAGCUAUUUAGAGACCAUGGUUGACCUCACCCUACCAAGGUUGCAUAAAAUUCUUCGCUUCCAUUUUCAUGAAAGAAAUGCCACAGAACUUUAUCAGCUUUUAACAAAUAUUGCCCAGCAGCCUAAUGAAGAUCCUCAGUCAUUUUUGAUGAGAGCACUAACCGUUAGACAGAAGAUUAUUAGUGCUUCAAAAGAGUCGGACAGUGGGAUUAAGUAUGACGCCUCUUCAGUACAAAGUUUGUUCCUGCGUGCCGUGGAAACAGGUCUUGCUGACGAAACCAUUCGGCAAAAAUAA